AUGUCUCGCACGUGUUAUUGUUUUGAUUCCCGGUCUGGUGCGGUGUGUUUUGAAGUGCUUAUACACGAUUUAGUUGAUUUUAGCAGUUUUUAGAGCACUUCUCCCGAAAUGGAUUUAAUGCUAAGCAAUUUUAUCACCGAUAGUGAGCCAAUCGUGCAAAAGAAGAAAAACAAAUCAUUCGGCGGAACGGAUGGAGGUGGCCAAUUUUCCAUGGUGUUCAAUAAAAGUCAACCGGUGAAGGCGAUAGUGGCUAGAAAGAGGGUGGCUCCUGCUGCUGAAAAACUGUCUGCAGAGAAGGGCGAUCAAAAGAGCAAGGCACCGUUCACAUUGAAACCACCAGAGAAGAGCAAGAAAUCAGAACCUGCAGAGGAGAGAGGAGAUGGACCAAACGGUUCCAAUGCAAAUCGAAAAUCAUCGCUCGCUUUGCAAUCGCCGGAAGCGGUCAGAAGAGUACAUCCUGUUAAGGAGUCAAAAUCAGUUUCGAGAGAUUCCAAUGAACAGCGAAAAACGUCGUUCUCAGAGAAGUUUAAAAAAGAUCGAAAUGAGGGUGGUAAUAAUGAAACGCAAUCCCAAUUUUCCCUCAGCGAGAAGUUCAAACAGAUUAAAAAGCACAACAAAUCGAACAUGUUCGAUCGGAUGAAGACCGCCAUGCCUAAGGUAGAUCUGCCGGAGGUUCACCCACUGACGGAGAAAGUUUUCAGUGAUUCCACGCUGGACUCGCUCGACAUCCAUCCCCACUCGAAGAAAAACGUGGUGGAUCUGUUGGGUUACGAGAAGCUAACGGUGGUCCAAAGUUUGUCCAUCCCGAAGUUGCUGGAGGGAAGAGAUGCCCUCGUCCGCGCCCAGACCGGUUCCGGGAAGACGCUAGCCUACGCACUGCCCUUGGUGGAAAUGUUGCACUCGCGCGAGAGGAAAAUUGCACGUAGCGAUGGCAUCCUGGCGGCGAUUGUGGUUCCCACGAGGGAACUUGCGCUGCAAACGUAUGAGCUGUUUGUGAAGUUGCUCAAGCCGUUCACGUGGAUUGUGUCCGGUUAUCUGUGCGGGGGUGAGAAGCGGAAAGCCGAGAAGGCUCGUUUGAGGGCGGGGUUGAAUAUUCUGAUAGCGACACCGGGGCGGUUUUGUGAUCAUAUUAAGAAUACCGAGUCGAUGAAGCUGGAUUCGGUGCGUUAUUUGAUUCUGGAUGAGGCGGAUCGAUUGCUGGAACUGGGUUACGAGAAAGACGUGAAGGAGAUUGUGGAGUCGAUUAAAGCAACGCGUCGGGACAGGGCGGAACAGGAAUCCGGCGUCCAAACGGUGCUUCUGUCGGCAACUUUGACGAAUUCAGUGAAGGAGUUGGCAGGAUUGACGCUGAAAGAGCCUGCCUACAUCGACACGAGUGACAUUGCUGUGGAACGGAGGUUCGAUAACGUCAAUCUGGAGGAUAUGAAAGAACGAAUCACCAUUCCGGCCACGGUUCGCCAGAACUACAUUGUAAUCCCACCUAAAUUACGCCUCGUCACCCUCAGCGGAGUGAUUGCGUAUGAGUUCAACAGGAAAGCAAAUAAAGCGCUGGUUUUUAUGGCCACUCAGGACCUGGUUGACUAUCACUACAACGUGAUGGUUGAAGUUUUAACCCAAAAGAAGCUCGAUUCGGACAACGAGAACAGCUCCGACGAGGAUGAGGAAAAUGAUGAAUCGGAAUCCGAGACGGAGGCGAGCUCCGAUGGUUCGAUUCUCCUUCCGAACGUCAGUUUCUUCAAGCUGCACGGAAAAAUGACCCAAAUCGAACGCAGUUCGGUAUUCCGGGAGUUCCGGGAGUCCAAAUCGGCAGUGCUGCUGUGUACGGAUGUGGUGGCCCGAGGUAUCGAUGUCCCGUGCGUGGAUUUGGUUGUGCAGUACCACGCGCCACAGAUUUUGGCCGAUUAUGUGCACCGAAUCGGGCGGACGGCCCGCGCCGGCCAACGCGGUAAGGCGGUUUUGUUCGUGGAACCGGCGGAGGUGGAUUUCGUUAAAUAUCUCACCGGGAAACAGAUCCGGUUGUUCGAGGAGAAGGUGGAUCCCAUCUUCAACCGGGUUGGACUGAUGUUGAAUAGCACUGAGGCGAGGAAAAAUAAGAACAAAGAACAGGCGGCAAUUGAGUUGCAGCAUCGAUUCGAGAAGUUGGUUCUGGCGGAAAAGGAACUUUUCAGCGGGGCGUGCAAGGCGUUCGUUUCCUGGGUGCGGUACUACUCGAACUUUCCGAAGGAGCUGCGUCGGAUAUUCUCCAUCAAGGCGGUCAACAUGGGUCAUUAUGCAAAAUGUUUGGGUCUGAGGGACCCUCCGAAGCAGUUUGUGCGGCAGUACACGGGUCCCCGGGAGCACGAGCACUCCGCCAAUCGCGGCGGUCCAAACAAAGGGGAUCACUCGCAGAUGAACGCGCGGAAGCGGCCCAGGUCCGUGGCGAGUACAUUCCACAAGGCGCCCUCAUCAACAGCAGCCACAGCUGGAGCAAGAGGCGGCAACAAGCGGCGAGAUCUGGCCAGCUACGCACAGAACUCACGGAUGCUGAACACAUCCGAGUUCGAGAGCGGCCUCGGUCCGGCCAGAAAGAAAGCCAGACAGCGCUGAAAGGAUACCGCCACUGGCCGCGAUUGGUUUUGUAAAUAAGAUUGUAAUACGGAUCACCGCAGCAUAUUUGUUUUUGUGGCCACAAACCGAGUUAUGAUGUUCGCAUUACAAUAAAAUAAAUUAAGCAAAACAAGCGAA